GGAAGAAGAAGAAGAAGAAGAAGAAAAAAAAAGAAGAAAAAAGAAACGGCGGAAAUGCCACGAAAUUGACAUGCCAUAUGCAUUCGUCGUCCGCCUGGCUUCGAGACAAGGAAUUCGUUCUGCAGGUUGCUCUGGAAAAUUCACGAAAGUCGAAUUGCGCUCGUAUGCGUGCACUGACAAAUCUCGCGUACGAGUGCGCAUACGAAUUAAAAGAAAAAAAAAAAAAAAAAAGAAAGAAAAAAAAAGAAAAGAAAAAAAGAUCGUGCAAUGUCUCUCAAUCAAUCGACUUUCCUUUCCGGCGAAGAGAAAUGAAGAUCACGAGGAACUCUCUGUUCAAACACUCUGCCACGUUAUUAACUCUGUGUUGUUUGCUGCAUCUUUCCGAAUCGAAAGACAGUGUUACUGGAAGAGCGAGAACUUCGAGGGCUGAGAGCAAGCUGUUUGGGAAAUAUCCAACUGGCGGGCUGAUCUCCUUUAAUCCAGAGCACGAGCUGCUUCGCAUUGACUGGGAUGUAUCGAUCCCAUUCAUUUCGAUACCACUCGAGUACAAGGUAGGAGAGAACGGCGAGGUUCCAGCAUUGUUCAACAUUAACACGAAAUCCCUUGGAAUUGUUGGAUUAAUAGUCAGCCUGUUGGGCGUAAUCUCGCCACUGUUCUCAAAAACGCAUCAGCAAUACAACUACCGCUCGGUGGAUAAUGGUGGUACGCAAUGGUCGCAAAUGGGGAACACCAUCAACGAAAUGAUGUUUAACAACGAUUACGUGGCCCCAUGCAUGCAACGUAUUGUCUGUUCGAUGGUUUCAGUGGCCGCGCACUCGGAGAAUCCAACGAGCACGGAUAAAAUAAUCGACGGAUUGUCGAGUCAUAGCUGGUUCAAGGAUGUCACAAAUGGCACGAUCAUUGAAGAUGCUGUGAUCACCGGGCGAAAGGGAAGUCAUGAUUGCGCUCGCAUCUACAAGGAUUGUUUAAUAACGCCGAAACUGUUGAAAACUAUGAUGAGCGAGUUUGGGAUACUGUGAUGUAAUAACACGCGUGCUGAUAUAAGAGAUGAAUAAAUUCUACGUUGGUUUUUUUUUGUUUUUU